CUCUCUCACUGGUCGAUGGGAAAUAGAGGCAGGAAGAGAGUCAGUCGUAGUGGAUAGAGGAACAGUGGGAGAUGGUGAUAGAGGAACAGUGGGAGAUGGCGGAGUAAUGGGUACAGAAACUGAAUUCGGCUGGGCUGGGAAGGAUGAAUCAGGCACUAGAUGUGGCUGGUUUGACGGCAAGACAGGGCAAGCAGUAGCACGAGAUGGGGAAUGGGAUAAUCACAGAAGUUACAAUAUCGACUUUGUCGCCCAAAAUUGGAAGAGGCAGAACUGCUCCCAUGUCCGCCUCGUCCACGCCGAGAAGCAGACCAUUGAAGGACCCCUGUUGCCUAGAGCCACCAUUGGGAUGCGAAAACUGAGUAACAAGGGGACUGCACGACUACAAGACGAGGACUCAACUAGAGAUGGAUCGGCGACAAACUUCCUGCACUACACGACUUUGUGCAGGGCUGUUACACGGACGUGUGUAUCUUGGACUGUAGCGCAUAAGAGAGGUCUAUUCCCAGAAGAGCAGGAACAACUUAAGUCACUAGCUGUUGAUCACAUCAUGGGAGAUAUGGAAGAGGGUGCAAAUGUUCAAAGGCCACCAUUGCUACGUGGUCAUAACUACAAUUUUUGGAAAGGCCGAAUGAGAGCUUUCCUUAAAUCUCUAGGAGGUGGUGUAUGGAGAAGCGUGGAGACAGGUUGGACAGAACCACGAAAAUACUCAGAAGAUCUGACCACAUCAACUAUUAAGCCUUUUGAAGAGUACAGCAGAACAGAAGCCAUUGCAGCAGAGUUCAACGACAAAGCCCUGAAUGCAAUUUUCGGAGCCGUUGACUCUACUCAGUACAAACUUAUCUCAAACUGUGACAAUGCCAAGGAAGCUUGGGAUAUUCUCGAAGUUACUCAUGAAGGAGAUGAGGAAGUAAAAACGGCCAAGUAUCAAAUUCUCAUGACACAAUACGAGAAUUUACGCAUGGAUGAUAAAGAAAAAAUAAUAGAAUUUCAUGGUAGAGUGAGAGAUAUCGCAAAUCAGGCUGCACGUCUAAAUGAAUCCAUCCCUGAAAACAAGCUGGUGCUCAAGGUAUUGCGAUCAUUGCCAAAAGAAUAUGACAUGGAUGUCAAAGCAAUCAGAAGGUCUCACAACAUAAAAAAUAUGACUCUUGAUGCACUCAUGGGAAUACUGGAGUCAAUUGAGCUUGACAUGAUGGAAGACAGUAAGCGUCGGAAGCCAGAUAAACAAAUUGCUUUCUCCACCACAGAGGCAGAAGAUGACAGUGAACAUGAUCUGUCACUAGAUGAAGACUUUCAGGAACAACUGUCACUCUUCACACGCCAGUUCAAAAAACAAUGGAUGCAGAAGAAAGGAAAUCAACGAAUGGAGGGAACAUCAAAGGGGCCUUUUCAGAAAGAUACCAAGCCCAGAGAAGUUAAAUACCCGGAAAAUGUCACUUCCGUGAAGAAAAAGGGACCACAAUGCUUUGAGUGCGGUGGAUAUGGACAUAUUCAGUCUGAAUUCGCAAACAACCUGAAGAAAAAGAGACAGUCAUUUACCGCAACCUGGAGUGAUGAAGAAGUAGAUGAGCUUGGUGAUCACGGUGAGCAAAAUUGUGCUUUCAUUGCCUGUGAAAACUCAGAUUUGGAAGACAGUCUUGCUGAACAACUUGAAGAUCUACAAGAGAAGUGGGCAGAACUGCUGAUGGUGAACAAACGGAAUGUGGCAGACAAAAACAGGUUACUCUCUGAAAUGGAAGCACUUAAGCAGAAGAUUGAAGAAUCAAAGCACAAGAUCACCAAACUGGAAGGAGAAAACUCAAACUUGCGCUAUGAAAUUAAUCAACUGAAGUCCUAUCAGAAGUGGAUUAAGGUGGCAGGAGCUGAGAUGCUAGAUCAUCAUUCACUUAUGGCAAAGCCUCCAGGAGACAUGACAUGUAUUGGGUUUACCAACACAGGAAGUACCUCAAAAUCUCAAGAGAUUAAGUUUGUCAAAGCACUUGAGAGAGCACCUCCUGAAUACCAAGUCAAAAGAAGUCUUCUGAAUGGCACUCAUAACGAUCACUACACCUCCUACAGAUGCUACAGAUGUAGAGAAUGGGGACAUGUAAAACGUCAGUGCAUCAAGGAAUGGAGUCAGCAGCGCAUCAAAAGGUUACGUAUCAAGAAGGAGCUGUGGGCAAGGAAUAGCUGGCCUCGUCUGCUAGCCAUGAAGAAGGAGAAACAAUCUGAUGAAAAUCAGAAAUCAACGACAAGCUGCAACGAAAAAGAAAUUUCCCCUGAUCAUGUUCUGGGAAAUUCAGAGGAACAUGAAGAUGUUGAAGGAAAAGAUGAUGUUGAAGAUGAUGUUCUGCUACGUCCUGUGGCUGAAAUUUCAGGUACACUCUAUCUGAAGCAUACACCUGCACAACAGAUAAAUGACAUGCAAAUGGAGGAAGAAGAUGAUCCGGUGCAAGAAAAGGAAAUUCCAGAUCUCGUAGAUGAGGAGCCACUCAUUGCAUGUUCAGAUGUACCCUUUGAAGACUCACAACCCACAACUCCAGUGAUCAAGAAGAAACAGGUGAAGAAUUCUAGAUACAGAUGGUCCCUUCGUCAAAAGGCUAAAGAAGACCAAGAGGCUGAAAAAGCUGAAGAAAUUCAAGCAAGAACAAGUCCAGAAAAGGGGGUGAAAAGGAAAGGGAAAUCCAAGGAUGAACUUGAAGAGUGUACAAAAAGGCUGAAAAGGUCACCCACUACCGAAAGGCUCACCACCAGGAGUCAAAGCAGCAAAAAGAAAGGUGCUAACGCUGAGAAAUUACCAAAACCAGGGAAGUUUCCUAAUCAAGUCUUUACCUCAUCAACUGCUAGUUUCUUUAUGUCUGAAAUUGCAAAGAAAUCCAUUCUGCCCCAAAGAAGCAUAGAUGUUGAUGAUUUUGAAACUAAGACCAAUCUAAUUCCUGUGUUGAAACAAUCCCACCUGCUCAAAUCUGUCACCAUACCUGGUUCAUAUGUGAGAAGAGUAAUACAUGAGUUUUAUUGUAAUCUGAAUGAGAGCUGCAACACACCUUCCGACCCCUCCUUCCAUAAGGUAUUUGUGAGAGGCAAGACUUAUGACCUAUCCCCAGCUAAAAUCAAUAAGUUUUUGCACACAAAAUCAAUCUCCUCAGAGAAAAAUGUGAAUGAACGCCAAGUCUGGACAGAUCUUACCAAUGGUGAGCGAAUAUCUCAGACCUCCAAGUCCAAAGUCCCAUCAUCUAUCCUAAAGAGUUCAUAUGCUAUCCUAUUCCGAGUUGCUGCUUAUCAAUGGCUUCCCACCACACAUAUGAACACAGUCCCUCUGUGCAUGGACACUCUCAUUUACAAGGUUAAACAUGGCAUUCCGUUUAAUCUGGGAAAAAUCAUCUAUGAUCAGAUCUUAAGCUUUGCAUCUGAGAGAGCAAAAUCCAACACAAAUGGACUGCCUUAUCCACUGCUUAUUUUCCAAUAUCUUAAGUCACAGGGACUUAAUGUUGCAGAUGAUGAAGAACCAGCACCUCCUCUGUUGCAGGUGGACAUGAGGCACUUUGAAGGGAGGCAUCACAAUGAUAUGGUGAUGGAUGAAAGCCAGAGGACUGCUACUGCCUUUCUUGGAUCAGACUUCUCUCAAACAGCAUUUCUUAGAACAGAAAUCCAACUGCUCCAAGAACAAAUUGAAAGACACAAAGAACUGAUCAAAGCAGCUGAAGUAAAGAAGAAGAAAAUGGCCAUCAUACUCUCUUCUCUGGAUGCAAAAACAGGUUCAACUGCACAGCCUCAGGGGGAGGACUCUAAGGAAGAUACAUCAGAAGAAGAUGAUGCUACUCAGGGGGAGCAAAGUGAAGGGAAUGAUAAUCUUGCAGAUGAGGAUUCAGACUUUGAAGCUGAGCUCCACAAGUUUGAUACUACUGAUGAUUAAUUUCGGAAAAAAAAACAUUUGUGUUGU